AUGGCACUUUUAGUUUUUAUUCUUUUCUUAAUCACAAUUCUUGUGACUUGGUAUCAAAGGAAAUUUUAUCGAAGAAAUGCUUUGCUUGCUAAAAUUCCUGGUUAUAAAUCAUAUCCAAUUGUUGGUAGCAACUUAGCACUUAUUGGAAAAUCAGCGAGUGAAAUAUUCGAAAUUUUUCAAGAAGCUUCAGAGAAAUUAGGACCUGUUUGGAGACUUGACUUGAAUCCCUUCACAACUGUCGUAUUUACUAGCGAUGUUAAGAUGAUUGAGUCGCUUUUAUCAAGUCAAAAGCUGCACGAUAAAGGAAACGGAUACAAUUUUGUGAGAGGAUGGCUUCAAGAAGGUCUUCUGUUAUCAACUGGAAAGAAAUGGCAUCAAAGACGACGAAUUAUUACACCAGCUUUCCAUUUUAAUAUUCUUCAACAAUUCGUUGAAAUUAUGGACCAUCAUGGACAGAUUUGUGUAUCGAAUUUAAAGAAGUUUGAUGGUCAAGAAAUUGACUUUUUCUCAAGAAUUUCACUCUACGCACUCGACGUUAUUUGUGAAUCAGCGAUGGGUUGCAAAAUAAACGCUCAAAAGAACUCUGAAUCGGAAUACAUAAAAGCUGUAAAAGAAAUUGCCAACAUUAUAUUUUUACGGACGUUUAAUCAAUUUAAACGAAUCGACUUCUUAUAUCAGUUCACUGAGAUGUACCAACGAGAACAAAAAGCACUAAAAGUUCUUCAUAAUUUUACUGAUUCUGUGAUUGUUUCACGACGAAAAGAAUUAGAAAGUACAAGUCAUGCAGAUAAUAAUGAAAAUGAAAUCGAUUUUGGGAUCAAGAAACGUAAAGCUUUCCUUGAUCUCUUGCUUCAAUCAACCAUCGAUGGAAAUCCUUUAACCAACUCAGAUAUUCGUGAAGAAGUUGACACUUUUAUGUUUGGGGGUCAUGACACAACAACAACAAGUGCAACUUGUUUCACAUUAUACAACCUGGCAAAGUAUCCUGAAAUUCAAGAAAAGGUUUUCGAAGAAUGCAAAACGACUCUUGGAGAUGAUUUACAACAACCAGUGACCAUUCAUGACCUCAAUAAUUUACACUACCUUGAAUUGACAAUUAAGGAAACAUUAAGAUUGUAUCCAUCAGUUCCGUGCUAUGGUCGAAAUAUAAAGGAAGACGUCACUAUUGGACACCUGACAAUCCCUAAAAAUACAAACGUGAAUGUUGCGGCUUUCUUUUUGGGAAGAAAUCCCGACCUUUUCUUAGAUCCAUUGAAGUUCGACCCUCUAAGUUUUGAUGCAGAAACCAACAAUGAAAAGAACAAUUCUUAUGCUUAUGUUCCUUCCAGUGCUGGCAUUGGACAAAAGUUUGCGAUGUUGGAAAUGAAAAGUAUCGUUGCUAAAAUAAUCAGAAACUUUAAGUUAUCAGUCACCAAGGAGAAUGAGAAACUGGAAUUAAUUGCGGAGCUUGUGUUGAGACCAGUGAAUGGUGUCAAACUUAGAGUUCAAAAAAGGAACAACGAUUGA